AUGUCUGAGUUUCUGGACCUUGAGGCCCAGGAUGGGAUAAGAAUGACAUGGAAUGUUAUACCAGGCACAAAGCAGGAUGCUACUAACUGUGUUGUUCCUGUUUCUGCCAUUUAUACUCCUCUAAAGCCAAACCCUUCCAUUCCUGUUCUUCCUUAUGUCCCUCUCCGUUGUCGCAUGUGCCAUUCGAUUCUCAAUCCUUUCUCGGUUGUUGAUUUUGUCGCAAAGAUUUGGGUCUGUCCGUUCUGCUUUCAGCGCAACCAUUUCCCCCAACAUUACAACUCUAUUUCAGAAAACAACCUCCCUGCUGAGCUGUUUCCUCAAUAUACCACCGUUGAGUACAAAUCCACUUCUGAAACAGGUCCUGUGGCGCCUCCAGUCUUCCUCUUUGUUGUUGACACAUGUAUGAUUGAGGAGGAGAUUGGCUAUUUGAAGUCUGCUUUAGCACAAGCAAUUGAACUAUUGCCAGAUCAAUCCCUUGUUGGAUUUAUUACUUUCGGUACAUAUGUUCAGGUGAAUGAAUUGGGUUUUGGCUUGUUGCCAAAGUCAUAUGUGUUCAAAGGGACAAAAGAAGUUACAAAGGAGCAAAUUCUGGACCAAAUGAGUUUCUUUGCUGGGAAAACUAAACCCACAACAGGUGUGAUUGCAGGCGCAAGGGAUGGCCUCUCAGCAGAGAGUAUUGCUAGGUUCCUGCUGCCUGCUUCUGAGUGCGAGUUUGUAUUGAAUUCAGUCAUAGAAGAACUGCAAAAGGACCCUUGGCCUGUUCCAGCUGAUAAACGUUCAUCUAGGUGUACUGGAGUUGCAUUAAGUGUUGCUGCUAGUCUCCUGGGGGUUUGUGUUCCAGGAUCAGGUGCUAGAAUUAUGGCAUUUGUAGGUGGCCCAUCAACAGAGGGACCUGGUUCUAUCGUAUCCAAGUCCCUGUCAGAACCAAUUCGCUCUCACAAAGACCUCGAUAAAGGUUCAGCUCCACUUUAUAACAAAGCUGUUAAAUUGUACGACGAUAUCUCUAAGCAGCUUGUGAAUCAAGGUCAUGUACUUGAUUUGUUUGCUUGUGCGCUUGACCAGGUUGGUGUUGCUGAGAUGAAGGUUGCUGUGGAGAGAACUGGUGGGAUAGUUGUGCUUGCAGAAAGUUUUGGUCAUUCUGUUUUUAAAGACUCACUUCGACGCAUCUUUCAGUCAAGUGACAAUGAUCUUGAUUUAUCAUUCAAUGGUAUAUUUGAGAUUAACUGCUCAAAGGAUGUCAAAAUCCAAGGAAUUAUUGGACCUUGUACUUCCCUGGAGAAGAAAAGUCCUCUAUCCUCAGAUACAGUUGUAGGUCAGGGAAACACUAACGCAUGGAAGAUGUGUGGUCUAGACAGGAAAACAUCACUCUGUUUAGUAUUUGAUAUUGCAAAGAAGGAUGGACCAGAUUCGGUUGGUGUUGGUCAAUCAGCAAGCAAUCAGUUCUACUUCCAAUUCUUAACCUAUUACCAGCAUCAUGAGGGGCAGAUGAGAUUACGAGCCACUACACUUUCUAGAAGAUGGGUUGUUGGUUCUGGUGGUGUGCAGGAACUAAUAGAUGGCUUUGAUCAAGAGGCAGCUGCUGCAGUCAUGGCACGAUUGGUCUCGUUUAAGAUGGAAGCUGAGGCUGAUUUUGACCCGAUAAGAUGGCUUGAUCGAGCAUUGAUUAGUUUGUGUUCGAAAUUUGGAGACUAUCACAAAGAAACACCUUCAUCUUUCAGUUUAUCCCCUCGUCUGUCGAUAUUUCCCCAGUUUAUGUUUAAUUUGAGACGAUCUCAGUUUGUUCAGGUUUUUAACAACAGUCCAGAUGAAACUGCAUAUUUCACAAUGAUGUUAAACAGAGAGAAUGUAUCAAAUGCAGUUGUGAUGAUCCAGCCAUCACUAAUAUCUUAUUCAUUCCAAUCGGGUCCAGAGCCAGUUCUGUUGGAUGUAACUGCAAUUGCAGCUGAUAGGAUCCUUUUGUUGGAUUCUUAUUUUACUGUUGUCAUAUUCCAUGGGAUAACAAUUGCACAGUGGCGAAAGGCUGGUUACCAAUAUCAAGAAGGCCAUGAGUCAUUUGCCCAGUUGUUACAAGGUCCACAGGAGGAAGCUGAUGCAAUAAUCAAGGAACGCUUUCCUGUGCCUCGAUUGGUCGUGUGCGAUCAAUAUGGUUCUCAGGCUCGAUUUUUGCUGGCAAAGCUUAAUCCGUCAGUCUCGUAUGACAAUCCUCCAGCACCAGGAGGGGAUGUCAUUUCACAGAUGAUGUGA